AAGUAGAUGUCGAUUUUUCCUGCAUGACUUUACUACAGACCACAACGCUCUCAGAUAAUCUUUUUAAACUACAAUUUCAAACCCCAGAGCUGCCGGAAGAAAAUGUUUAAAGAAUAUACACUUGUUUUUUUCUGUCUGUGCUUUUGUCAUCUGGUUGGUGUGUUUGCUGAUACAGACACAGUGAAGUCAGUGUCAGUGUCAGUGAAGGAGGGAGAUCCUGUCACUCUACAGAUUAAUGUUACAGAAAUACAGACCGAUGAUGAGAUCGAGUGGAAAUUCGGUACUAAAAGGAGUCUUAUAGCUAAAAUGAAUGGAGUGACCAGUACGAUCUUUAAUUUUACUGAUGGGAGUAAAAUCAGAGACAGACUGAAGCUGGACAAUCAGACUGGAUCUCUGACCAUCACACACACCAGAACCACAGACUCUGGACUUUAUGAAGCGGAGAUCAGCCGCAGCAGCUCAGUGGUUAAAUACAUAUUCAAUGUUACUGUCUAUGCUGCUACAACACCAGCUCCUCCAUCAGCUCCUACUUCAGAUUCUCCUUCAGGUAAUCAUUCUUCUGCAGAUUCAGAUUCUCCAGACUCUCUGACAGUGCCGAUCUCUGCAGCUGGAUCUCUGUUGUUUCUUGUUGCUGUCGGGAUCUUCUGCAUCUGCAGGAAACAAAGAAAAACUGAUCAACAUGUUGAGACCCGUGAAGAGGAAACAACUUACGCUAAUACAACAUUCUACAAAAGAAACGCACAGAAAUCGAGUGCUAAACAGGAGGAUGAUGUGGUGUACGCUAGUGUCAAUUACAGACGUUAAUUAAAUUACCAUUAAUUGAAUGUUUCCUCAUUAAUGAUGUUCUGAUCACAGUCAGUACACAUGCACACUUGGCGAUUAUUGCAACAAAGCUGUAUAAAAUUCGAGAAUGGUGUUCAUUCUUACUUGCACUGUGUUAGCAGCAGCUUAUGUGUUCAUGCAAACAUGGAAGAAGCUCCUUGUUUUUUUUUUGGCUUGUUUGUUUUUUUGAAGAGUGCACAUGUGAAAGAUAACUAAAGUAACAGGUUAAGAGCAUGAAACUAGCACAGCAUUUCAGAACAAAGCUUUCUGUAUUAAAAAAAGCAAUACAAGUAUUUAUUGACUACACUCUUAAAAGUAAAGGUGCUUCACGAUGCCAUAGAAGAACCUUUUUGUUUAAAUGGUUCCAUAAAGAAGCUUUAACAUCUGAAGAACCUUUCUGUUUCACAAAAGGUUCUUUGUGGCGAAAUAAGGUCCUUCAGAUUAUAAAAAGGUAAGAAAGAGAUGGUUCUUUAAAGAAUGUUUGACUGAAUGGUUCUUUGUGGAACCAAAAAUGUUUCUUCUAUGGCAUGGCUUGAAGAACCUUUUGAAGCACCUUAAUUUUUAACAGUGUAUUUGUAUGCAUGUAAACUCUGAACUGCAAUAUUACCUUUUUUCACAUUUUUCUGUUUGUUUUGUGAGUAAUUUAUUUAUUUAUUUCUGAUAAUUUUUUUAAUGGUUUCCUUAUUGUGAUCCUGUUAAUGUAAUGUGUUUCAAUUAAACUAAAGGUCAAAGAUUAAGCAUACUCAAAAACAGAGAAAGCUGAUUUAGUUGCAUAAAAAAAUUAAUUUAGUUACAUAAAAACAUAGGUUAGUCUCCGUUGAAUCCAAAAAGUAAGACUGCUUAACCCUUAGCAAACUACUAGUUGGUCAGACUUGUUUUUAAGACACUGUAUAGAGGCUACGUUUAUGCAACUGGCCCCAGAGAUUUUAUUCUUGAGUUCCUAAUUAACACCCUGUUUUGUGUACAGAUUCUGCACAUUUAGUUUAAGUUUGUAAGUCUAGUGUACUCUGCGCUCUUAGAAACAAUUACAAAUCCCAUUCUCAAAAAAUCCUAAAACUCAUCCACAAGUAACAAAUUAUGUCAGAAUAAUGUUAAAUACUCAAAAAUAAAAUUAAACACUUACAAACUUGAUAUAACAACAGUGGGGGGAAAAAUACACUAAAAAAUAAACAAAUUAUAUUGGAAUUUAUUAAAAACAACAUUUAUUAUAAACUCCAAACCUAAACUAAUUUAAAAGUGAAUUACUGGCAUGUGAGAAAUGUGCUAUACAAAUACACUUGAUGUGCCUUACCUUGCCUGUAUUAAAUUUAAAUGUGUGAUAUAAAAACCUAAACCCAUGGAGUAAUCUGUACAAAUGGACAGACUAGUAAUGUGUAACUCACAAACAACUGCGUUAACUGAUAUUCACUGUCAUUUAAGGAUGCAAAUAUUAAGGGAGAAAGAUAAUGUUUGUAGUAUAAAUAACUCCACAAAAAAAAAAAAAAAAAAAAGGACAGAGCAUUAUAUGAGUGAGGAUUUAGGAAGAGAAACAAGAGGUUUCAUGUGUAGACCAGAGGAAUAACUUAUGGAAUAUUGUUAAAAUUAUGAAAAAACAAAUGAGCAGCUUACAAAACAGAUUUCAAGGCUGAUCUGGCUUAAUCCAAAUGUACUGGCUCACGUACCUCUAUCAUUCAGCACAAAUGCAUUUUUGCAAGUUUCUAUUUUUGCCAUGCAACAUUUGCUAAUCUAUUACUUAUUGUAAAUAUAUACAGUACGUUUCAUUUAAACAUGGCUUUGUACUAAUGUUUGAACUUUUACAUGUUAAUUGCAUCAGAUAGGCCUAAAUAGCUUUGUAAUAAUUUGCAGAAUGUAUUGCAUAAUAAAAUUGUGACUAGUAUUCUGGAAAAUACAGGUAUUUUUUUAUUUAUUUGUUGUUGUUUUUUUUGGUGGUGGUGGUGGGGGGGUUUGAUUGAUUUGAUUAUUGUGAUCCUGCAUGUUAAUUAAUGUUUCAGUUAUAUAAAAUACAUAUAUAAACAUGUAUCCUCUAUAUAGUGUCCUCUGAGCUCCUAAGAACUCAGCAAUUCAAUAAUUCAUUUACAUGUAACAGAAAUUUGCAUACAUUAUUAUACAUUUAGAAUUUAACACACAUUUUGUCAAAAAGCACAAUGUUACUAAUAAAAUCAGGGCUCGUAAAAUCGCUAGCCCGACG